GAGUGGGGGCGGUCGGGUCGAGUUUCGAGAGGGGCGAGAGGGCGGCGAGGGCGUGGCUGGGGCCGAGUGAAAAGUUAGGAUCAAUUCUACUUAUUUAAUACAGCCUUCGUAUUAGGAGCGUGUAUAUAGUUAGGAAUCCACUGUAAACCGAUUUGCGCUAAACUCGGGUUUUAUCUACACUAAGUACCGAGGCUUAACUCGCAUUGUGUUUGACUAAGUGAACAAAUAGAUGGAGUGAUAUUUAUUGACUUUCUAUACACAGACACCUCGCAUCCAUACACAAAGUCAAAAUCGAAAUCCAAAAUUCGUAUAAACAAAUCUACACCUGAGAGAGUCACCCGAAGCCCAGACGAGGCGAGAGCUGCAGCAACGAUAAUAAAAUUUAAAAAAAGACAUACACAAACAACAGACAAGUGGAAGAAUAAAACCAAAAAGAGAAAGAAAACUCGUCAAAAAAAAAGCAACAACAUCGAGAAAGAGUGCAAGAAAUCCGUGCCUGUGUCGUUCGUGUUUGUGCGCUGUGACGAAGUGCAAGCAAAAUUUGGAACGAAAACGGAAGGAGCGGUGCGUUAGAUGUGGCCGAACAGCUUGACUGCUGGAUGCAACCCGGAGAGCGAGUUAUCCUUCCCGGGAUUCGCAGGAACAUGCGGCAGCGGAUCCUCAGGUAUGGCCUAUUUAAAGUCGGCCCCCUAUCCCGUGCCCGGAUUAGGACUGCACGGACUCCCUGUCGACUCUCUGCACAGCAGUAUGGGAUAUCCAGGAGGUAACCAAAGGAAGCAGCGAAGGGAGAGGACGACGUUUACACGGGCCCAAUUAGAUGUCCUCGAAACACUCUUCGGCAAAACAAGAUAUCCGGACAUAUUCAUGAGAGAAGAAGUCGCGCUCAAAAUCAACCUGCCCGAAUCCCGAGUUCAGGUGUGGUUCAAGAAUAGACGGGCAAAGUGCAGACAACAACAGAAACAACAUAACCAGCAGCAACAGCAGAACAGCGACAAGACGGCUCGCAUCAAGACGAAGACCACGGCUUCUUUAAUUACAAAAGUUUCACCGCCAGUUGCAUCCAAUAACAAUAAUACAAACACAAGCUCAUCUACUAGUUCACCUAUAGUGCACACGACACCUCAAGUUAGAGAUAGCCCGAACUACGUCAAACCAACGGUCUUGGCAUCCAGCGGAAACACGAAUUCACCACCGGUGGUGUCUUCAGCUUAUUCGAAUUCCGCUAACUCGAGCAUCUGGUCUCCGGCGUCGAUAGACAGUUUCUCUUUGGACCAACAUAGGAGUUGGUGCGGAACCAGUCAGCCGACUGUCCUCAGCACCACCAGCUCAAGUACAAAUUGCUAUAACAACUACUCAUACUACACGAAUAUGGAUUACCUUAGUUCUAGUACAAUGGGCCAUACGCAAUUCCCGGAUAACAGUCUAGAAUCGAGUUGGAGCAAGUCCAGAGAGGAGUCCUCGUGGUUCUACAACGCCAGCUGGGACCGCAAAUGAAACCCCGUCGAAAUUAAUGAAUCAAAUAAGAAUAAUUAACUUAAAUAAUUAGCAACGAAAAAUAAAAUAUA